AUGGCAACCCAAGAAGUAUGCGGGAUUCUUGGCAUUCUUCUUCUGAUCAUUCUUUCACUUUUUUUUUCUCUCUAGGCGGUGUUCAGAUCUGCAGCUGAGUCCACUGAACUCUGAACCGUGACCAGCGCCAGUCUACAACUGACCCCCUAUCAGGUACAACACGCACAUACACAAAAACACACACUCUCACAUGCUUGCACACAUGCUGUAUUGUCUUUUAGGAUUCAAUUGGACUGUGAAGCCUCAUACUAACACCUCUACAUGCUGAGCUAUUCCUCCUCGUUGCUCAGGGUUAGCUUGGCGUUAAGAAGUCAGCGAACCACAACAAAUAUCCCCAAGGAGCCCUUGAAAGUUUAAGCCCUUAUUUUUGUCACCAUUACCAAAUCCCAUGAAACAGCCGAGGCCAAGCGUGGCCGUGUCAUUCUCUCUACCUCGUGCGGUUCCCUCCAAUCAGCUGGCUGCUGUAUCAAACAUCAAUCAAACAGGACUGAGAAGUGUUUUAUGUUGUACCAUAUUCAUAGCAGUGGGUAUGGUGUUUACACAAGUUUUUACAGCUCUGCUAAAGUCUACUCUUAAUAAACUGGUAUUGACACAAUCAAAGGAAGGUGUCGGGUAGAUGCAACUGUCUGGCUUCGGGCUGGGCAAUAUGGCCUCAAAUCAAUAUCACGAUAUAUUGAGCAGUUCACCUCGAUAACGAUAAAUGGACGAUAACUGCUCCACAAGCUGCUCACCCCCUCUCACAUUAACUUCGUCUCCUUCUCCAACUUUUGAACCGUCCUCCAUCUCCUCACCUGUCACCUGUUACUGACUGGAUGGGGUGGAGUCACGUCUCUGACGUAGGACAGCGUCUUAAAAGGACAUGAGACUAUAACCUACCUACACACAUCCAAAAACAAAUUUUAACUUUUUAUUUUUUUGACACCAAAUACACCGAUAUGGGCAAAAUGAUUCCGGUUAUUAUUGUUAAUUUUGGUUUGGCAAAUUUUCAGUUUAUCGCCCAGCCCUAAUGCUCAUGUUAGAAAUUUACCUCAUAGGGAAGUGUUCAAUUGGCAAACUCCAGACUGAAGUCAGGUCAGAUGUGUGUAUGUCUACAGUUGAUUUUAAUGUUUGUUUUUUUUUUGACACUGGCUAUAACGAUGUGGGCAAAAUGAUGUUGGUUAUUGUUGUAAAUUUUGGUAUUGGUAAAUUUUGGUGUGUCGCCCAGCCCUGGUCAGGCUCUCUAAUUGCAUUCAUUUAUUUUUAACAACAAUAGCAAGUUUGUUCUUGUCAUUUAAUAUGUUGAAACUUAGAACCCUAAGAAUCUCAUCAGACUUCUAAAGAAGUUUUAAUUAACCAAAGUUUAGCUCUGUCCUCUUAAAGCCCUGUUGAAAAUGAUUCAUAUUAUUCCAAACCAAAAUACAAAGCAGCCCAAUACUUGUUUAUUGUUAAUCUACUACCACUGAUCGAUCAGUUAUGUUUAAAUAUUACAUUAAAGCUCUGUUUGUUUAUCAUGCCUGUUGCUUCCCUCCUCUUUUCCCAUCUGGUCUGUUAUUCUCUUGAUGUGAGGAGGCAAUAAUGAACAUUUGCUCACCCAUGUGCAGCCUACUAGACUCUGUUUAUAUGAUGCCAAGACUAAUUUUAUCAGCUCAUAAAAGGUUUUAUUUAUUUUCAUGUUUAUCUUUUAACCUCUAGAACCAUUGUGUUUCAUUAGGGAUGGAACUUCAAAAUAUCCUCGCUGAUCGAUCUUUAUAAAUGCCAAUGAUCAAUCAUCUACUUCUCAUUGAAAAUAACACCAGCUGUAUCUUCUUCCCUAAAUCUUAUGUCUUCCACAGCAACAUAAUAAAUAGAACUGAUGGAGUUGCAAUGCCACAGCACGACUUGUACCACCAUAUAAGCUGUCGACAAGAAAAACUAACCAGUUACCUUUAUUCCAACACCCUGGAUCAAAGCCGAACCCUGCACUUUAGAUUAAUUCACCUUCUGUUUUCUUCUGAUCCUCUUCUAGGUGAUCUGAUUUGUGCCACAAUGAUGUCAGUGGAUGUGACCAAUCAUAACGGCCCGGCCGCGACGCCUCCCAACUCACUCAGCCUCCGCUCCUCACACAACCAGCUACUCAGCAGCGAUGUCAACAAACAGGGCGCCGGCACUCCUCCCAAGUGUCGCAAAAAGUACGCACUUACCAGUAUCCAGGCUGCCAUGGGCCUCGGAGAAGCUGUGCCAUCUUCGUCAUCUCCAUCAUCAUCCCCAUCUUCAACCCCUAAUAAUCCCAAACUAGCAAAGAAUGGGGUCAACCAGCUUCGUAAGGCCGGUCAUGAUCACAACAAAAACACAACUGGUACUGACUUGACAGACCCAGAUUGUAGUUUAGAAACCCCCGCAGAUGACCCCAACGUCAACAUAGCCGAGGAGCAAGACAGUCACACUCUUACCAACAAUGACCGAGAGGGUGAUCUGAGUAAACUGGAUGUGGACCUACACCCAGACAUGAGCAGUGACCCCGAGCCUGAGCAGAAAACUGAAUCUGACAUAGACUGUGACAUUAACACAACUGUGGAGCUCAACGUAAACGGGAACACGACAGAUUCAGGCUUGGACUUGAACAUGGGGGCCGAGGAGAACGAUGACAUCAGCAUCCUGUCAGAAAAAGAAAUCAUGUCGAGGAUGAAGAUUGAGGAAGAUGGUGACGAGGUGGUGUUGGAGGAGCAGGAGGAGGAGGAGGAGGAGGAGGAGAAGAAGCCUUUGCUGGUAAUUAGAAGUGAGUCUCCUGUGAAGAACCACAAAAUUUCAUCAGGCCUGGAGCUUAUCUCUGACCUCCAUCCCAACCUAAAGCUCCUAAAAUCAGGAAAGGACACGACUGUGCCUCCCCCUCCCUCCCCGCCCAAGCAGGUCAGCCCUGAGGACAUGCCACUGCUCUCUGUGGCCUCCUGCUCCUCCUCUUCCUCCUCCUCUCCAGAGACAAAGAAGGACAGAAGGACUGGCGCAAAGACAGACUGUGCUUUGAACCGAAUCCAGAAUCUGAACCCAAGCGAUGAGGAGUUGAGUUGGACCACGCUGUCCCAGGAGAGCAACUCUCCAGAGGAGACAGGUACACAAACACACAAACACACAAACACAACACGCUGCACAAAGUUUAUUACAGCAAAACCACCCGUCACUGUCACUGACUGAUGCUCUGCAUAGUUUUCAUGUGAGUCUACGUCUGCUAUUCUGGGGUAUUUAGUGGUUUCAGUGUUCCCUCUGCUGAUGACAUGUUUCCAUUUUGGGCAACCACGUUAGUGUUUAUGCGUGCGUGUGAAUAUGCAGAGCUUAGACAUUGCUAGAACAGAAUAACAAACACUCCAGCCCCCCACAAAUCUCCCAGAAUCCCUCUGGGACAGGAAGUGCCCUCAUGACCUAAUGGGUUGUUUCAGCUAAAAAGAUCAGCUGCUUCCUGUUUCACGCUGUGUGUCUGUGUGUGUUAACAGGGCUUGAAUGGGAGUCACGACUUCAUAAAAAAAAUCUGUUGCUGCCAUUUUCUCUCUCUCUCUCUCUCUCUCUCUCUCUCUCUUUCUCUCGCUCUCUCUUCCCACAUUUCUGAUUUUCCCUUCAUAGCUUAAAGAGAGGAACUGCAGGUCUGUUUCGUCCUUUCCUCCUGGUAUUUUUCCACUUUUAUACCUCAGAGUUGGACAGGAAGAUGUUUGGACACACAUACAGGAUAGUGACCCUCCAUGUAUUCCGCUGAGCCCUUCCAUGUGUUUCUGUGGCUGUGUGCUACACCAGAAAAACUUUUUAUUCCCAGUUGUUUCAAUGGUAUAUAUUGGUUCAAGAUGACAACCCGCUGUGGGUUUUUUUUUCAGCUCGUUCAGGAUCACAUUUUUAAAGCCAGUUUGUAAAAUAAUCCUUCAUGCAGUCUGCAGAGUUGAAAGGGACAGUUUUGGGUGUUUGGAAACUGGGCUUGUGUGGAUUACUCAUCUGUAAGGAGCGUGCUAGUUGAUGUAUGAAAGUAGAAGGAAGUCAGUAUUGUCAGUUUGAAGAAGCAAGCUGGAGCGCUAAGCUUAACUCUGCACUCCUGUUCACAGCCAAAAAAAAAAAUCACACUGAUGAAAAAGCAUUUCAGUUUCAAUGUUAAAGGUGGGGUAGUCAGGAUCAGAGGAAGUGCCAGUUUUUGGGAGAAAAGUUGAAUGUAAACUCUACCCCUCCAAACCAGUUUUCCCCUCAGCUCCUCCUCCUCCCUCCCCCUCUGCUCCAGCAAGCCCCGCCCACAAACAGACGCUCCUGCUCGAUCGUAUAGUUUCAAUUAAAUUCAGAUAUAAUGCAGAUAAAUACUUCAGAUAAUUACAAAUGGGGCCCAGUCAAGGUGAAAGUAAAAAGUAUUGGUGCUACUGUAGAUGCCAACAGACUACCAGCAAACACAAUGUUUGCAGGACUUCUACAGCUAGGAUAAAGUGACAUAGUCCAGGACCCGAGGGAGGACAGUUUAGCAGCGCUACAACACGCAGCAGGUCCCGUUUGACAAGAAACACUUCUGUUACAGACACUUGUCUUACUUUGUUAAAGCGGUUUACCUGUCCAGUAGAAAGGUUACAGGGUCCGUAAGAUCCCGAAGCGUCCCCCAUCGUGUAUGUUAAUGUUGAUCCAGCUUUUUAGCUCUUGUCCGGUCUACCUCCGUUUUAAGCACCCGUUAUUCCUCCAGAGUCUCCGGUAUUUACAUUGUUUUCUUGCUUGUGUCGGCAGUCGUGGCCAAAGGAGGAUUCAGACAAUUUUCCGAACUUUCUGGUUGGUUUCUACUGUCCGAUAUUGUAGCAUGUUAACUUUGUUUGGGCUCGUGGACGACAUGGAGAAGCAGCGUCUGCCUCACAACCAAUCAGGUUGGGGGAGGCGGAGAACGGCUUUGUUUACAGUCAGAAAGAGCGGGCCGCUCAAAAAAUUUAAAAUGUUGACUACACAGACAUAACAAAACACAGCAAUAUCAUUAUAUCACCAAAGUUCAUUAAUAACUAAUAGCUAUUGACUGAUAUUAAAAGCUUUUUUGUAUGUACACCACAAAAAAAGAUGCUUCUUUAAUGGAAUCCUGCCAACCCCACCUUUAAAUUAAGAGUAAGCUUAAAUGCUAAUUGUACCACUUAAGUUUGUUGUCCCCUUUUUUUCCUCAUAGUCCAUAUUUACCUUCCCCUGCAGCAGAAAGUCUGUUAAAGUCAUUGAAUUUCUUUGUCAGGGUUUUGCAUAAAUCUUGUUGUUCAGUUAAAUUGGACCCGUAUAAGUCUCUACCUUGUGCUGCGAGACAUAUGAAACACAUCCAUCUCAUCUGAAGCAGCAGCCCCGACCUCUUGACAUGAGCUCAGCUGUAAACCGUCCUCUCGGUCUGUGUGAGUUGCAGUGCUCUGAGUCUCUUCUGCCCCCCCCCCCCUCCAAUGCUUUUUCUCUAUCCCUGUGAUGACUCACCCUCCCUUUUGAAUCGAGCAUCUGUGUAUUUCAUCUCUCCACAAGUAUGAUUACCAGCAGCUUGUCGUCCUGAGCGUUGCUGCGCUGUUGGAGCUGCAUCCUCUGAAACUGAGCUGUUUGAGAAGAAUUUACUUCCCGUAUGUUCUUUUGUCUCAACAUCCUCUUGCUUGUCUGUGAUUUAAGAAAAAAAAUCUCCCAUGGGAUGACAUUGUGUUUCUGUGUAGAGAGGUGUGGACUUUGUGUUGAUCAGUACUUUCACCAAGGAAAGGGGAUAAAAAGUAGAUACAAGUUGGACUGUUGUUUGCACUUAAAACAUGAUGUUGUUGUUGUCUGCCAAAAGUUUGUGAAGAGCUGAUAAUCAUGCCUCUGGCGUCAUUCAUGCUGAGUUUAUCUAAGAGUCGUGUAGAGUAGACGAUGGCUAUGCAUUACACUAAGUACCCCAGGCUGUCUUGCUCUCUCACUCCCAUAUUGACAAACCCGUGUUGUUUUCCCAGGUCUGUGUCAGAUUCCUGUGUGGAUUUUGCGGGUUAGAGGACCAAUACUACACUGCUUUCACACAGAGGAGCAAACACACACACACACACACACACACACACAUAUCACAUAUGCUGUUUUUAGGAAGGCCAUUCAAAAGGCUGCCCUUCAAUCUCACACAGCAGUAUGCAUUGUAACACAUGCAGGGGAACAUGAGUAGAAUGUGAACGAGUAAAACACAUUAAGUUGUUUUUUUUUUUGUCCGACAUCUUUUACACAACUUUGAUUUUACCUGCCGUUUAUCCCCAUCCCUGUUUUUCACAUUUUCUCACCUUUAACACUUCGACUGCGGAUCUCUCUCGCUCGCUGUUCCUCCUACUCCUCUGCUGGUUAUGAUACUGAAAAUGAGCUUGGGGUUACCAGGACAACCAAGAGCAGCUCUGGGGUUGUUGAUGAAAGAGGAGGAGGAGGAGGAAAGUGAUGAACGUGGACAUUUGAUUAGAGUGUCAUGUAUGUUUGUGGAGGACAGGAAGAGAAGGACAGGCUUGUUUGAGUUUUGACAUUGUUGACUUCCUCUCUAUGGAGCGUCAAGAACAGCAAACAUAGCUGAGCUGCAGGGGACACACAGCCUCACUGGCUCUCUCUCUGCUCUCUCUCUGUUCUCUCCCCCUCUUAUUCACUCUUAUUAACAGCAUACUCUCCCUCACCGCCUCAAUGUGUCUCCCCUUUUCCUCUCGCUCUCUCCUCUCUCUAUCCUCCAUCUCUUUUUCACCUCGUCCCCUCGCUCGCUGUGUCCCCCCUGUCUUCUUUCUCUCUCUCUCCCUCUCUCUGUCUGGGCUGGUGCUGUAUGAGAGGUAGCUAGCUAACUAUGAUGCUGGGGAAAGACUACAUGCUGGCCAUUGUGAUUGUCAAUUACGAGGGUAGGUGCAAUCUGCCGAAGUCGGACGGAAACUACAUCGUGGAGUUAAGAGUGUGAGAGGCUGAGAGUGUGCGUCAAGCAUGGGUUUAUCUCCAUGCACAGGGGUGAAGUUUGUCUCUGUUGUCGUCCUCUCAGAAUCUACAAGAAUCUGAAAUCUUUGCAUGCUGUGUACAGUUUUUGUGUGUGUGUAUAUUGACUGAAUAUUGUGCAUUUAUGGUGUUUGUUUUCUGCUCCUGAAGCAAACUGCUUUCCCCUCCCCCUCUGCUCAACUCUGCUCUGGCAUGGAGCUGCAUGCUAACCGAGGCUAACUGCUACGUAGCUCCACAAUAGUACUCAUCCAGAGGCAUACAAGUUUGCAUGCUUAAGCCUUUCUUUCCAAUUACACACAGUGCUUGCAGAGGGUAGCAAUAGCAUCAUAUAUCACUCAAGGCAGAGUUCUCUCUCUCUCUCUCUCUCUCUGUCUCUCUGUCUCUGUCUCUCUCUCUCUCUCUCUCCCCUGUGUGCGCACAUGCUUUAAUCUACAUCCAAGAGUCUGUUUAUCUCGUACUAGAACCCAUUCUCAGAGUCACCAUCUCCCCUCUUUUAUGUAGUAGAGACUCUGAUUCUCUGUGUGUUGUAGUUUUAUUGCCUCUGACCUAUUUUCUUCUCAUAAAAGACUGCGACUCCCAGAAGGCACUGCUACACAGCUCAUUGCUCUGAAGCACAGUCUUAACCCCCAAAGGGAUGUUUGCUUUUGUGAGGAAUGGAGGAGAACAUUUUGUAAAGCCCUAUAAAUAGUUGUUUCAUUAGAUAAACUAAAGUCUUCAUGACUCCUCCAAGAGAUUCUGUCCUCGAGUGUGUGCGUGUGUGUGUGUGUGUGUGUGUGCGUGUCUGAAUUCUAACUCAAUCUGGACCGACCCAAUCGUCAUGAUGACAUAUGGCCUGCCGUCAUGGCGACAUGCCCGUAAGCUGUUUUUCAUCAGCAUGGUCAGCAGUUUAAGAAAUCUUUGUGCAGUGGCGUGUGCACACACACACCACUGCACACACACACACAGACACUCACUCACACAGCUGCACAAAAGUACACACAGCUGACCAGUUCCUCGGGGCUUAUAUCACCUUUACGAGUUGCUGUGCAGGGUUGGACCAUCUUUACUACCUCUGCAACUACAACAACUUUUCAUUGGCAAAGUUUCCACCAACAGUUUCUUUUUGUAUACGUGUGUGUUUGUAACUUCAGGGGGGGUGACAUGUAGUACAAGAGUGAGUGACGACACUGUGAUUUAAGUGUUGUGUGUAAGUGUAUCUUCUGUGUUAAGUUGCACAUUUUCUCAACAUUUUUCACUGCCAAAUAAACGACUAAAGGCAAUCAGCUGUGCAGUGUAUACUGAUGUGUUAUUUUAGGAGCCCUAAGGUAACACUUUCUAUCAACCCACCUCUUACCAUACAGCAUAAGCACAUUUAUUAAGCCUUAUAAAUGUAUCUGUAAGGCUUUAUAACAACUCUUAUGAGUGAUAAUACACAUUUAUUACAGUUCAUGGCAGUGUUUAUGAAGGGUUAUAAGCAGUGAGCAUAAUACCUUCCAAAAGUGGUUUAUAGCACAUUAUAUGGUAAAGCAAAAGAAAAAACAGCAUCUGUUGAAUUUUGGCUUUAAAAACACAUUACUCUCACAACUUUCCCUGUUAGAAAGAUUGUAGGGCAGGGCGAUAUGGCCUCAUAUCAAUAUCAGGAUAUAUUGAGCAGUUCAACUCGGAGACGAUAAAUGGAUGAUAACUACUUCCGCCGCCGCUCCAGCCGCUACAACAUUCAAACCGUCCUCCAUCUCCUCACCUGUCUUUCCCUCUUUGUUACCGACUGGAUGGGGUGGAGUCACGUCUCUGAUGUAGGACAGCGUCUUAAAGGGACAUGAGAUAGUAGCCUACCUACACAAAUCCAAUACCAACUUUUAUUUAUUUAUUUAUUUAUUUUUGACACUGAAUAUAUUGACAUGGACAAAAUGACAUCUGUGUUGUCGUAAAUUUCGGUAUUGGGAAAUUUUCGGUUUAUUGCCCAGCCCUAUAAUAAAGCCUUGUGGAUGCAUUUGUAAGGUUUUAUAAAGAGGUAGGCUCAUACAGAGUGUUACCAAAAGUAAUUUUAAAUAUUUCACACAGCCAUACUAACUCAACCAGUAAGUCUAAAUCAAACAGCUGUUAUAUGAUUAAUAGGAGCAUCUUAAAAAGUUACCAUCCAUAAAUAGAUGAGAUAGUAAAAAAGUUUCAUUCAAAUUUAGAUGGCUGGCUGACUUUUGGCUAACUUGGUUCAUAUUUGUCUUGAAAAACAAAUAGAACAAAGAAUCCGUCCCCUCCCUACGGUUUUGAUUUAUUAAUAUUAUCAGUUUUACAAAAAUGUCCUCUAGGAAUAAAAACUGAGCACAGAAAACAUUCAGUAUCUGAGAAAAGGGUGUGGAUUUUUUUUCCAUGUAAGCACAAAUAUGUAGAGGACUCUGGCCUGUGGAAACAUUACAGUCCGCUUUUAAUCCACCCAUUUCUGCGGCAAUGUGUUGAGAACAUAUCGACAAAGUUAUGAGCUGUUGAGAACCAAAAUAUGAACGAACCCAUGGAUGAACGAACGCACACAUGGACAUGAGAGAGCAGAUCUGUAUGAAACUGGCUAGAAACAUGAGGCUGAUACAGUUGAUAUUAGUGCCAAAGGAGUAAUUCAAGAAUAAGUCUGUAUUUGUGGCAUGUCAGAAAGUUGUAAACAUUCAAAUUCUCCUUUAGAGAGGUCAGUCCUCUGUCUGUGUAACUGUUCCACACUUAAGAUGGAUUAAUGUGUUUAUGCAUGUUUGUCUGUGUUUUUUGGAAGUUGCUUCUAGUUAAGAAAUAUGUUUUAUUUCAAAAUGUGAAAGUAUGUGUUUGGGAGUGUUGCACAAGUGGAACAUCACAACAAGCUCGACUCAGUUGUUGUCUGUGAAAAGACAUGGCUGUUAUAUGACAGCUGCAGCAGAUGCUUGUUAAUCCCACUCAGCUGUUGAUUUGUGUUCAGGAGGGUUAACUUUCAUUCAACAAAGAAAUUCAAUCAUGCAAAAGAAAUGUAUAUAUUUAUUCUCCAAACUGUCGCAGAGGUUUGUUUACAGUCAUGUUUACUGAUGAAUGAUUUUGCACUUUUCAUUCAUUAAAUGGACGUUUGUGUUUCUCUGCUAGAUAUCUGGAGUGAACAGUCAUUCCAAACAGACCCUGACCUGCCUCCAGGAUGGAAGAAGAUCACAGACAUGGCUGGUAUCUACUACUGGCACAUUCCUACAGGCACCACACAGUGGGAGAGGCCUGCCAGCCGUCCGGUACCCCCUGGACAGCAAGAGACCCAGACGCUGGAUGACCACGCAGCCUCCACGCCACGUAAACACUCCCUGGGGUCCCUCAGCCCCUCACCCACUCCUGACCAUGAGGUGAGAAGCACAAGAAUGAACUGAAUAUUAUUCCUUUUUAUAGUUCUUGAUUUAACUGCUUCUUCCACUACUUUUAUGUGUGAUCAGUCAGCAUUAUUAUGGCUGAAAAAUAAACGUGGUUGUGAGAUUAAAUAGAUUUUUUUACGCCUGUGAUACGCAUAAAUCAACAAAACUACACAAAGCAGAAUUCACAAGGAGCACAUGUGCCCUGAAGUAAAAAAGUAAGGAGCGCACAAAGAACUUUAGGGGCACAAUGAAAAUUGAUCAAAUAAUGUUUGUCUUAUUGGUCGACAUAAGUACUAUUAUUUGAAAUCAAUUUUAGGUCUUUUGAUCACAUGACACAGAGGCUAUUGAAAGAAAGGUUCAAAAUUUGCCUUUUAGAUUUAACACAAAAAAUGUUAAGAGGACAAAUUUGGGAAAUUAAGAGGUGUGUCUUAUUGUUCGACCUUAGUGCUAUUAUUUAAAAUCAAUUUUAAGUCAAUUGGUCACAUGACAUGGAAGCUAUUGAAGGGAAACAGCCUUUUUUGAGAACAUCAACAGGUAAUUUAUUGACAGUCCCUUAUUUAACACGAGACGUUUACAGCGAGGGUGGCGAGUAGAUUUAACCGCGCUGCUCUUGCCAUUCCUGGUUAUGGAGACUGAGAAGACACCAGUAGAUCCACAGUGAAUGACCGUUGAGUAUCCAACCUAAAACUAACUUCACUGCGGUAUUAACAUGAGAAAACAUUUGUUGCCUCAGCUGAUUUUUUUAUGCGCACAUGUGCCCCUAAAUACAUUCUACAGUUCGCACACAUCUAUUUUUAGUUGCAAAUGUGAGUGAAACGGCUGCACUGUCGAGCCCUGGGUUGUCAGAUUGCACAAUAAUAGUAGUAAUGUAGCUGAAUACACAGUCUGAUAGUAACUCCACUCUUCAUGCAAGUUUAAUGUUUUUCUCCAUGAUCAGAGGAGCUUAAUGCUCUGUAUAGUCCGGAAUCUGCCGUAAGAAGAAGAAGAACCUACUUUUUGAACUAUAUUUAGUCAAUUUGUGAAUCCUCUGAGUUGUCACUGCUUUUAGGAAGCUUUUCAAAUGAAGCUUUUGAUAACUGCUAUUGUGUGUCUGUGGGUGCAUGCAGUCAUGCCAGGCAGAGAUCUUCUACAGGGCGUCAACUCGUUCAGGCAGCACGACCUCUGACAGCUCAGUCGAGCCUCUUCCUUCGCACGAGUCCUCCCUCACCACAUGUGGAUUUGUCAACAGCUGCUAUUUUGUAAGUACUCAACCAAAGGUUUGAUAUGCUUCAUUGUACUCACUGUCCGGGGGAUUUUUCACUUUCAGGAGGAGUAAGAGUAUUUUUUUAAAAAAGCGGGUGUGUUUUGGUCUCGUUGAGAUUAAUGAAGAUUUGGCAGAAAUAUGCAGCGAUACAGCUGAGACAGAGAAAGGACCAUGAGUUCUGCAGUCUUGCAGCACAGCACAAGGAAGAGAGGGCACAGGGCCUGUCAGUCAAUCAGUCAAUCAGACAGAAUGAUGGAGGGAAAUUGAGAGGGAGAGUGGGUUGAUGGAGAGGAGCACGGUGUAGAUAAAACAUUGAUCCAGUGAGAAUGGCCUGAUGGAGACGGAUAGAUGUGCCAAAUUGAGGUUCUGGCACAUCUAUCUGCAGAAUACUCGAGUGUGAGCCUGUGACACAAGAGCCAAAAUGGCAGACAGAACAACGUGGAUGAGAGGCGUGUUCCUCUAAACUCUGAUGUUCCCACUCUGUCUCUUCCCAGCCUCGUUCCACAUCUCUACAGGGGAUGCCCGAUCCGGAGGGUCUCUCUCAGCAUCAGGAAGAUGAGGAUAAGGUAGAAUCUUUCCAAACUCUGUUUUUGCUUUUUGUCUUUUCUCACAGAUGAUUUCUCUUCUUCUACUGCCCUCUGGUCUGAUUGCUCAAAGUUUUGCCAUAUCUCGUCUUUGUCUAUCUCUAUCUGUGUCUUUUUUUUGUUUCUGUGUGAGAGUGUAAUAUGUGUGUAUAGCAUGGAAAAAAGCACAAAGAGACAUUUCAGCAUUUGUUUGUGUAUUUUUAAGUAUCUCUACCUCUGUGACAGUGCAGUCAGUGCGUAAUUGUACACAGAUGCGUUUUGUAGUUUUAUUCUUUGUGCUCUCCAGACACCUAAUUCAUCAUCAAAUUAUUUCAACGCUAAUGAGGAGUGAUCAAAAAUAUAGUGUUAAUUAUAAUUUAGUGCUUAUUUUUUAUUGUCAUCAUUUUUGCACAAAUGUGAUGGAAUUUGGUUGCCUUAAUCUGAAGACAUGAGGCGAAGCAUUACUCUCUGAAUACGCACUGACUGUACCCCGUGACUGCACUUUUUUAUACUGUACUAAUGAAGAAUCAACAGAUUCUCCAGAGGGAGGUGAAUGUUCAAUAGGAGCAGAAAACAUCGGAGAAAACAUUUUGAAGUCUUACUCCUAGUUUUUCAAUUCAGAAAUGUUUUGCUGAGUUGCUCCUUAUUGCAACAGACACUCUGUGUGGAGCGAGCUAGACAGCUAACAGCAUUAUUCUGUCUUUCUUUCCUUGCUUCUCUCCCACCUUUGACCCCCCCAAACUUUGCCCAACCACCGUGUGUGUUUUAACGCUGUACAUAGAAACAGGUGUGGAGUGAUUUUGGCGGAAAGAUUGAUAGUGAAGUGUGGAAGGCAAGUAUAAUGCACUCAGUGCCAAUGAGUCUUGUUCUUGGUCUAUCCUCAACCACUCCUUGAGUGUGUAUUUAUGCAUCAUGCGCUAUAUAUAUAUUCACUGCCUUGCAAAAAGCAUGUGUUGCAGAUGCUUUAAACUAAAUGUGACUGCACCAAACACAGCAUUUCGUCACGCCUUGUUGAUAAAACUUCUGAUCAUUUGGCUGCAGAGACACACUCAACAGGAUGUUUCUUUCUUUACUUUCAUAGCUGAAAUAUUGUGUUCUUCACCGUCUACAGGCACAAACCUGAUUGUGUUUCGCACAUGUUAACCUUCUCUCCUCGAUGUACAGCAUGCCUCAUUACACAUAACACACCAAUGCCAUCUCUCCAUUCAGCAAAGCGGUUCCUCCCACACUUGGUUGCAUGCUGGUUUAUACUAAGCAGGGUCAAAAUAUUUACGUUUGGUGUCUGCCAGGUUUGUGUCCCCUCUGUCAGCCCCACUCCCACAUGCCAUGUAACAAGUGAAUACCACGGCAGUUAUUUAUGUCUAUGUUAUCUAAAAAAAACUGAGCAAACCAAAUUUUGUUUUAGAUGCUCAGUCAGUGAGACGUGAGGUCCUGGCUGUCGGGGAAAAAAAAGCACGAAAUUCUCAGGAAAAGAUAGAACUUCCUCAAAAAGUUGUGUGUUGAUUUUACACAAAAAUAAGUAAUUCAAUCGAAAGCAAAAUAUAGAGUUAUAUAUAACAGUAGUGUGUUCUGCUUUCUCAAGCUUUGGUUUUGGAAAUUUGUGACUAAAAGGCACCCAUACUGGCACUUAAAAAAGGCGAUCAUAUUAUGUCUGGAUCUUUUAGUGUGUGCCUGGAAAUAAAAACAACUGGAGACAUCACGGCUCUUGGUUUCACACCAUCAGAUAAUGAUAACCGCCACCAAACCCAGACCACCUUUUGAGGUUACAUGUGUGAAAGGGGCUUUUUUAAGUGGUGGUUUUUUGACCUGAGAAGAUUGUUUGUUAGUGACUUUAUUGUGCUUUAUCUGAUGAUGUAAUUCUGUACACCAGGACCUGCAGGCAGCUACGGUGAACCCUGACCCCAGCCUGAAGGAGUUUGAGGGUGCUACGCUCCGUUAUGCAUCACUCAAGCUAAGGUGAAAUACCCAGACAGACUCAGAAAAAAAACUACUUCUGUGCAGAAAUCUUUUCAAGCUAUGUCCCCUACUUUUCCCUCCACAUGUUUUACUCAUUUUCUUUAAUCUUGAGUUGAAUCAGUGUCGAAGUAAAACGAGGUCAGUCAAAGCAGGAAGUGACUUCUUGUACUCAGGAAAUGCCUUCAUGUUCCCUUAAAGUGUAAUGACUGUCUUGAGCUUUCAGAUCUGUGUCACUGAAGUAGCAAAUGGUUUGAGUGGUAACACUGGAACUCUGCUGACUUUAUAACUUCAUCUGUUUUUUUAAGCACUUUUUCCUCUUUUUUUGUCCAGGAACCGUCCAACUGUAGAGGAAGAGGAAUCAAACAGCAUCAACAGUGACCCAGAGGCAAAAGUAAGGACUCUUUUGUGAAGUCUGACUCCAGGAUAAAACCCAUGUGAUCAAUGUCUGUCUUUGGUUUAGUGUGGAUUUAUUAUGGAUGUUAAGACCUUUGAAUUUCCAUUUCUGACAAAACAGGCUUUGGCAUCGUGAUUGUCCUGCGUCGCUUAUUUGAAGGCUGUACAGGAAUUAUUGAUUGACCAGUAGUUAAGUCCAUGUGUAAUUUGUCUCCUGUACAAUCUAAAGUGACUCCCAUGUGUUAUCUGAUUGGGCUUUUAAACACAGAAUCAACAUGAAAUCAACAUUUCCUGCACAAAUUACUUCUCGACCAAAAGUUGUGUGUGUGUUCUAGUCUGUUUAUUUUCCAAGCCUGUUUGUUUAUGGCGCUGUUUAUGUUCAUCAUGGUGGCUCCUUGGGCUCUCUUUUAAAUGUUAUUGAAACAAUACUGCCCCCAAGUGGUUAGUCGUGAUAGGUGUAUGUUUAUUCUGCCCAUCUUGAUGGGAAAAACGAAGGCCUCUUUUAUAUUCAAAUGACAGACUCAAAUGAGACAUUUGAAGCUCGUAAUGAGUAGUCAAUAAAACAGAGGAAUGCCCUUCUUAUAAGGAACAGACUUGUACACAUAAUUGCCUGAACAAAUUUUUAAUUAGAUUUAAGUAGAAGUGGUAGAGAAGAAAAGUUGAUGAAUUAUUCCUCUGAUCAAAUUCAGAGUCUGUUAGUAACUAAAGCUCAGGGCAGAAAGGAUGAAUUUAUGAGGGUUUUUUGUGUGUGUUUGUGAUGUUUUCACAGACAAAUGUUCAGUGUAGUCUAGUCAUCACAGAUCAGAGUUCAAAGCCAACAAUCAUCCUGAUGACGUGCUGCUGAUUUGGCUGUCUACUGCCUGUUUCCCUCUGUGUGUGUGUGUGUUGUCUGGCAAUUCACAAUCCUUAGCAACAGUGACACUUUGAUGAAUAACAGACCCAAACACAGACCUGCAGUCAGGGCAUCUGUUCCAUUUUGUCUCUCUCUCUCUCUCUCUCUCACACAGACACAGACACACAAUCACUGCAGAAAAUCCCACUGCAGUAAAGGAAUAUAACAACCUCUUUAUACUUAGUAAGGGAGUUUGAUAUCAGGCUAGAGCUGUCAUGAUAUUAAACACAAGAGAAGAACAGAGGAUUAUAAUGAAUGCUUAUAAAUAUUUCAGGCCCAAUUAUUUCACUUAUAAACACUGUUAUGUUUGAAUUUAUGAUUUAUCCACUUCCUUGUUUGUGUUAUUGAAACUUUGGAGAAGACUUUGCUUCAUAAAAUGAUUGUGAAGCAUGCUUUGUUUCUGACAUUGUAAAACUAUGCUUUUAUUUUGAAGUGUAAGCUACCUCUGAUAGAUCAUGUUUAACAGAACUGAACCAAAACAUUUGAAUGAAUGACUAGGAAAUAUAAUUAUUAAAUUAAUUAGUAAUCCAAAAGCUCUGAAACCACAAAAAACGGUGGAUUUUCAGUUUUGAAACGUGUCUUAUCAUCUCUUGGAGAGCUGUUUCCAGCCAUGGACCGUCUGCUGCUGUCAUCUGUUUUAUGACAUGUGGCAAAAAGACAUCAGUGAUGAACUCACAGUAUUACUGUUACCACUUCAGCACAAUAUCAUCAUGUAAUGAUAAUUCUGCUCUUACUUUCUCCACCUUGUGCAACAGCAUACUGUCCCUCAUUUUGGACAUAUCUUGGACUUAGUAAAAACAUUAAAUCUAAGAGGAAAAGUUUAGACACUGCAGGAAAAAGCUUCAUUAACCACCAGUCAAUUUCAACACAUAAAGCUAGGGGUGUCCCGAUACAACUUCUUUACCUCUGAUAUGAUGCCGAUAUUGUAGCCCUGAAUAUUGGCCGAUACCGAUAUUGAUCUGAUAUUAGCACAAAGUUUUGCAUGACAAGUUUUGCACUCUACUGCAAAGUCUUUUUCGGACUUGAAUGAAAAAUACUCUCACAGGGCUGACAUCGCUCCUACUCCUUGGUACUUUGUUAGUACCUUAGUACACACUGUUGUUGUGAUCACAUGGGCUCUACAUGCUGGAUCAGGGCACUGCUAGAUAGAGGUGCCGGAGUGGAGUCUGGAAUGGACCGCUUGUAUCAGAGUGCUGAUAUGGGAGAUUUUAGAUGCAGGCCGAUAUAAUCCGAUAUUUGAUUUUUUGUUAAAAUCAGACCAAUAUCCAAUAUCAAUAUUGUAUCGGGACAGCCCUACUCAAUGCACAAUCACAAUCCCUAAUAUAAAUAGUCAUGUAAUAGAAUAUGACCCAAAACAGGAAAAAGACCUUUUGGAGGAUGAUGAAGUAAAAAUCAACAAAAAAUCUUGACCAAAAAAGUUUUUAUUUAUUAUAUAUGUAGUAAAGUGUUCUAUGAGUAGUGAAACUGGAUUGAGGACAAAUCACUCAGUACUAUGAAGACAGGUUUAAAUGUUAAUGUAGUGAAUACAAAGAAACCCAACAGCUUAUGUGUCAUUUAGCUCUUCCACCUGCUGGACGGAGACCAUGACACAACCUUCACCAGACUCCUGAAAUCAUUACAUGGAGCCCAGUGGGAGUGACUGAACAUGCACAUGAGUGUUAGUCCUUGCUGCUUCUCUAUCAGUGUGUGUGUGUGUGCACGCACGUGUGUGUUUGAGCGAAUGAGAGCGCGAGACACCUGUCAACCCCACUCAGCUUCAUGUCAGCAGUGUGAACACCCCGUCCUUAUAGACAUCAUGGCCCUCUGUGGGAGUGCAGUGAAACACUUAGGCGUAUUGUUUUGUGAGUGUUUAACAAAGAGGAGUAAAAAACUUUUGUUCUUUUAAACGGCUCUUCUUCCAGAUCACAUGAAGACAGAAAUACUUCAUGCGUGCUUUUUGCUUCGCUGAUCUGAACAUCUGAACCACAUGUGAACUAGAUUUUUACAGCUCACUGUCUGUCACCGCUCUUUCUGUCUGACCUCUUUUAUCGAGGUUCUCUGUAGUCUGCAUACUAGCUUCUAAAUGGACUGCUGACAUCAAAUGAAUACUUGAUGAGGACUCUUCACUGUCUGUCUCUCUCAUCUCUGUGUCUCUUUUUAUCUACCAACAUGUCAACUUUUUAACUUUGUUUUUAUCAGAGUUCAAAUUGUUGGCUCAGUCCUCCCAGUAACGUCAGAUUAAAACUCUGAGUUUGGCAUUAAGAGCGAUUAAAAGUCAUGGAAAAAGAAAUGAUCUGUAUGAAAAAAUGUAUGUGAGUGAAUGUAUACAUAUUUGUGCAUUUAACGGUAUUAUGGUUCUGGUGUGUGUCCCAGUGUUUUGCAGUGCGCUCUCUCGGUUGGGUUGAGAUGGCCGAGGAGGACUUGGCUCCUGGAAAGAGCAGCGUCGCUGUCAACAACUGCAUCCGACAGCUGUCCUACUGCAAGAAUGAUAUCCGAGACACUGUCGGCAUCUGGGGAGAGGUGAGGGAGGGAUGAUAUCUGUGUGUUUGGGAUGUAAAAUAAAAGACAACAUGUCUGUAAUUCCUGAAAAUGAAGAAACUUGGAGGCAAGGGCGCAUGUAGAAAGAAAGCAAGCGAGGCCAGUCAUUAAAAUUUGAAGACCAAAAGGUAAACGUAGAGCAAAGAAAAAGUGCAGCAGAUGUUCGCCAGGGCACAAGUCUCCUUCGAUGAGCGUCAAAAUAUGGAGGGAGGAAGAGGAGAAGAAAGUGGAGCAGUGGUACCAAGUCUUUCCCUUUCUAUGCACUGGUUGUGUUUAAUGUGAAGCGACAGCACCGAAAGAGCGAGAGAGCUUCAUCCCUUUUGCAAUAACCUUUUAUCUCCCACCCCCUUUUUUUAAAAAGGUUUUGAUCAUUUAUUUAGAUUCACACACACACACACAUACACACACAUGCACACAAACACAGUCAAACACACUUUAUCGGUAAGUAACAGGAAGCACCUGACCUUUUAAAAAGCUUCUGUUUCGCGACACCUUGAGCUUUAGGAAAUGGAGAUUAUUUGUUAUUGAAAUGACAUCUGAAGAAUGUGUGUUUGUGUGUGUUUGUUUGUGUGUUUGUCCUUGCAUGUAUAGGGGAAGGACAUGUACCUGGUCCUCGAGAACAACAUGUUAAACUUGGUCGACCCCAUGGACCGCAGCGUGCUCCACUCACAACCAAUAGCGAGCAUCCGAGUGUGGGGCGUUGGCCGGGACAACGGCAGGUCAGUCAUCAUGGCAACCAGAGUGCUUUUUGUUUGGCCUUUUAAAAAAUGCAUUAAUCCCCUUUGGCUUCACUUCUCGACUAAUCAUGCCUGUGGAGGAUGUCAACGCCAUGUUCGAAACCUCGGUAACAUUCCUGUGAUGUUAAUAUGCCGUUAUCAUUGAGGCUUUUGUUUUGGUUAAAUUGAUUGAUUGGUUAUUUGUGUCAAAAGUGCAUCUCACACACACACACACACAAACACACACACUUGGUAAAGGUCAGUGUAUCAAUUGAGGGCAGCAGACGGUUGGCGUUGUGACAGACAGGGAAGAAGAGUUAAUGAUUGAUGAUGAAGGGAUACUAAUGAAAGAUUAAUUCAUGAGCACAAAAGAGGGGAUGAGAGAGAGAGAGAGAGAACGGCCUUUAUUCUCUUUCUUCAUCCGACUGUUCGUCCCUCGCUUUCACCACAGGGGGCUCAGGACAGGGAGCGCCGUGAAAAUCAAGAAAACUCACAGCCCUUCAGUUUGAUUUUUCUCAUAAGUGCAAGUUAGAGCAAAAGUGGCGAACACAAGAAUGCAACCUUAAACAAACACAGUGACGUAAUAGCACUGGGUGACCACUGGGGGGCGCUUGGCACUGCUGCUGAAUGCAUGACAACAACCUAAAUGUAGGUUAAGAAGCAGCACGGGGUGAUGUGGACUAAAGAGGUGGAUACCUGCUGGAUAAUCUGAACAAGAACCAGCUCGCACAUAUAUGCGCAAACAUGCAACUACACACACACACAUAGACACACACGUACGCACACCUAAGUAUGAGUGCACUCAGAGAAAGAGACACGGCUAAAAGCUCUUGGCGUUUGCAGAACUGCAGAAUUUUGCUGCCUGAGGGCUCUCCCAGCCACACACACACACACACACACACACACGUACGCACACAUACACACACACUUUGCAUACUCUGGUAUCACCCUCUUAGAUAAAACCCCCCUUGUUUUUUUUCCAGGGUUCUUAGCCUUAAAUUCCCCCAACCACAUCUAGAUACAACAUAAAUAGAGGAACAGUGAGAAUACCUCAGCUGUAUUAAAGGGAAGUGGAGGAGGAGGAGGAGGAGGAGGAGGAGAUGGUUGGUGGCAGGGGCAGAGAGGAGGAGGAGGAGAAAGUGGAGAGUGGGGUUUUGGCAGGAGAGAGAGGGAGAGAGGGUGAUGAAGCUGCCAGAGGGGGAGGUAUGGUUAGUGCUCACUAGCUGUGGAGCAGACAGGGUUAGGAGUGUGUUGUGCCUGCAGUAUCACAAGGAAUAGAUGAUGUGAGUGUCAAAGACGCUGUUGUCCACAGGAUAAUCCGCCAAAACGGGGGAGCAAACUUCUGUGAGUAUGUUUAAAUCUUCAUCUUUUCGUCAUUUAUCUCACUUCAGAGACUUCCUCCAACAGGGGGGGAAAGAAGGAUGAGCUUCAGAUUUGUAGAUUCAGGCCUCAGUCUCAGGAUGAUGCUGAGUGGGUAGUUUGAAAGUCGAUUUCUUUACAGUCAACAGAGUUUUGAAGGAACUUGGGAAGGAUGUAAGAAAUAUAUGUGGUCGUCUGGUGGUUGAAAAAGGAUGGUGUUAAUUUGAGCUUUGUGUUUUUUAUGAAGUGUUUCUAUAGAGAACAAUAGUGCAGUUCAGAUCUUCAACAUGCAUGAGUGAAAUAAACGCAUAGUCAUUAAAUUCUGUAUCAUGCCUGCAGCUUAUUUUCUGAAGCCCAAGAUGUGCUUGUGGAGGGCGAAAUGAACUGGAGGCUUCUGUGGUAAUUUGUAAAACAUGAUAUUUGCCCUUUUUUAUAUUGUGUUAAACAGUUUGCUUGAAGGGUAUAACAUUCAAUUUAGAAACCUGGUUGUAACAAGGCUUUUCCCCUCUACCACGGUUCCUCUGUCACACACGUUAAACACUCCUCGUACCUUUAGUGAUAGACCGAAGUGCCUGUGUCAGCUGAAGAGCGGCAUCCUGGUGCCUUCCCCUCUCCCUAUGUGCCAUGAAACUCAUUAUCGCCUUAGAGAUUACAGAUUCCCACAGCAACCUUGACAUUUUCAGGGACGUCUGCAUGAUGAUAAGAUGAUAUUGGAAAUGAGAUAUCACUGUUUUCUGUCCUCCCUCUUCCUCUCUUUCCUCUGACUUUUAUCUUCACUCAUCAUCUACUGAUGUAUUCUGCUGUCGUCUGUACUCUUUUUAUCUUCAUCCCAUGCGUUGUUGUGGUUCACCUCCAAUUUCCUCUCCUCUUAUUUCACCUGUCUUCUUUACUCUCUUGACUACUCUCUACAUUUGUUUUUUUUAACUACCAGCCUGUUUCCUGAAAACACACUCGAUCCUCUCUGUCCUACUGAUUCCUCCAUUUCCUUCAGAUGUUGCUCAGUUUCUGCUCAUUUUUUAAAUAUUUAAACUCAAGGUUGAGUGCAGAAAAAAAAUCAUCUGCAUAGCUGCCGGGACCUGCGCUACCACCCUUUUAACGCACACAUGUACACACACCCACACACAUGCAUAUUCUGCUCUGGUUUGAAGCAGUUUAAUGUAAAGUGGUUCUGGCAGAGCAGAGAUGAAGACAGAGUAUGUAAGUCGGCGUGUUAGUGUGCUUAUAAGUGCCUGUUUUCCACCUCUGUGCCUCUUGUCCCUCAGCGGGGGGUCACUAAGAUGAUGAUUUUUUUUUCCUUUUCUUCUGCUAACUGUCUUUCUCUCCUCCCUUGCUUCCUCGGACUCAGAGAGAGGUAAACACAUUCCUUUCUUUCAUUCCUCCACCCUCUUACGCUGUCUCUUCUCCAUCUCCAGCGUUGCUUAUUGUUUAAUUUCCUCUGUGUCUCAGUUUUUUUUCUUCUCCUGUUCAAAGUAGCCCUCGACUCAAGACACACACGCACACAUAUACAUACACAAACACACACAGGGUUAGAAAGUGAAGGUGACCUCCCCUAUCCUUCGCUGUCUAGAGGCAUUUCUUGAAGUAUGAACACAAACACACACAUACAAAAACACACAAAUAAGAAUCUUUGUGAGUUUCCUCUGAGGACGCCUGUUAACCCUCAGGCCUGUAUUUCUUAUUGCAUUGCAUGCUGAAGAAAACAACUCGAAGAAAGUUAUUUAGAUGUUUUUUUUAUGACAUAAAUCAGUUUUAUAUUUCCUCUUCGUCGAUGUCUGCAUUCCCUCUCUCUCUUUCUUGAACUUCGUCUCAGACUUCAAUUACUUUGGGCUCCACUGAGUUCUGGGAAAAGUUCCUCUGCUGUCAUUCAUUCAACUCCCUCUUGGUUUCCUGCUUUAUUGAUCUCAGGGGUCCAUCAACCGGUGUAUAUGUAUGUCCUGUUUUCAUGAGACUGGUAAAGGUCACCUCAUCCAUCUUCAAUCGUCUGUUUCGAGUUUCAAAUUCAGUGUCCAUGAAACAUGACCACACAUACGACCUCUCUUUUGUAUGUUUCUCACAUCCUAGUGGCACCAAAAUGAGUGAAAUCAAUGCGUCUUUCAUUCUCACCACACUGCUGUUUUUCUUUUUCUCUCUUUUUGGGGUGUCUCUGUUUGAUUUUGUGUUUUCCUCUCUCCCAGGGACUUUGCAUAUGUUGCACGUGACAAAAACACCAGGAUCCUGAAAUGUCAUGUGUUCCGCUGUGACACACCAGCCAAAGCCAUUGCCACCAGCCUGCAUGAGAUCUGCUCCCGGGUGAGUGCUUCAGGCUGGAGCGAGGAGACACAUGAACAAGUUUAGAUUUGGCAAAUUGAGCUGAGUGGAGCUGCUAAGUCAUUGGAGGGAAACUCACUGAAACAGGAAACAGGCUGACGGUCACAAACACAUUUAAUCUUACACACUUGAAAGGAGGGGUGGGGGUGUUCUACUUAGUUUUAAUUUAAUUUUAUUUAUUCAUUAUUGUUAUUAUUUUUUUCCUCUUCUUUUUUCUUCUUCUUUGUUCAAUAAUUAUAAUAAUAAUAAUUUUUUAUUAUUGGAAUUAUUUUAUAUUGUUACUUUUUCUUCUUUUAUUCUCUUUUCAACAAUUAUUAAAAUUUAAAAGGCGGGAAAAAAAGGGACAAUCACACCAACAAACACACACUUCUCAACACAGCAACUGUGUUUAGCUGGGCAAAAAUAAUCGGAAUAAAUGCUCGAUCGGAAUAAAAAUUCUUCACGUAAACAUCUCAAUCAGAAGAUUCUGAUCCAAUUCCUCUGAGUCUGAAAAGAAAUUGUAUUCCGAUCUAGAGAGGUGGUUUAUGCCGAUUGUUAUUCCAAAACACGUCCAUGUAAAAACUUUUUCCGAUCGUGACUCUCUUACCUGACUCGAUCUUCACUCUUUAGCCUUUGGUUUAUUUAUUGAGGUCAGUACAGGAGGUUUCAUCAUUAACACUCUGGCAUAAAACACAACCGCAGCUGCUGUGUCUGCUCCUCCGGUAUCAUAACAAGGCGUACAUACAGGGUAAUGAUGUCACAUCUGCACGCACAGUGCAACCUUUGACAGAACACUUAAAGAAGUACAUAAAGGCGCCAUCUAGUGAAACAUUUAACAGGGGAGAAACUCCUGAAUUGGAUGGAUUGAGCCACUACUGCGUUUGUUGGUUUGUUGACAGAACAGGCAUAAAUACAACUCUUCUUCUGCGGUUGUUUUAGUAAAAUCAGACAACUCUGCGCAUGUCCAAAUGCUUCUAAUCUGAAUAAAACUUGGUGCAUGUAUACGCACAUCAUGAUCGGAUUAUUUGAUUUUGCACCCAUUUAAACUUAAAUUUAGAUUAUCCGAUCCCUCAAAUUUUUAAUCGGAUCAAGAAAUUUUGCCCAUGUAAACAUGGCUACUUAAAAACACCCACCCAGCCACACUUAUUCAAACACAGCCUUCAAACUUAAAAUAUCUAAAUGUCACGUGUUCCUGCUUUACUUGUCUCUUUGUGUUGUCUCCAUUGUCUGUUUGUACUGCAUCUAUGUUGUCAACCUCUUGUCAUAAUCUUUCUUGCAUCAAAAAUCUUACACACUAAAUUGAAACACCUGUCCACACACAACUUCAAAUACAACAUGUUUUAAACAACAUUCACACAGCACAGGCUGCUAGGAAGAACGGUGACGGAGGCUGCAAGUGCACUUGUGUUUUUAAAGAUCGCAUGUACUCAUCAAUAAUCUAAUCACACACUCUAAUUCCUCCAACAGUUCAGAAACAAGAAUUAACUCAUCUACAUUUCAGGGACUACUACACUUCUAUCUUCUCUUAAAAACACAGAUAUCAUAGCUUUUCUCUGCACUCUCAGAACGAAUGCAAACAGUAGUAGAGAAAGUAUUAACACCGUAUUUUCACAGGAUUUGUCCUCUUCCCCGUAAAACACAUUUCUUGCCUCUAAAUUCGAACUCCAUUUUGGAAGAGAUCUUGUAAGUCUCUUUAUUAUUUAUGUGGAUUAUAAUUUGGUUCUUAAUUCAAGCCUAUGCAGCACUUUCACAGGUUUGUUUUACAACCCCCCCCUACACACACACACACACACACACACACACACACACACGCACAGAUACCUUGUUACGAUCAGCGGCUCAAACAGAGUGUGUUCAUGUGGUAUUAUUUGUCAGAAGAAGAAGAUGAAGGGGCCAUUUCUCCUCCUCAUCCCUCAUGUAGUUACAAACUGUCCCACAUUUUACAGUCACCCAUAAUAUCUCAGGAGCUGAAGUCUGUUUAUUGCAGAUUUCUCACACAGACGAGGAGCAAAUAAGGAAAGGCGGAGAGUUUGUCACAGCAGGGGGGGUCGCUCAGAUGCAGAUUUGUUUUGACAAACUCCCUGAUUGAGGACAUGUAUGAAUUAUGCGUUGUGUUUGUGUGAGCGUGAUGCUGUUUUCCUCUCUCUCUAGUUGUGUACACAUGUUUCUUAAUGUGAGCUGCACUGCAGAAAAAGCCUUUACCCCCGUUUUGGAAAAGGGGCUUCGACCUGCUUAAUGUGUGGGUGUUUGUGUUUCAGUGUGUGUUUGCUCCUGGGUGAAAACAUGACAGUAUCAGGGGUGAAACUGCUCCAGGUUUUCCCGAGUUCUUUCUUGUUGAGUCUUUCAUCUUUUUUUUUUUCUUCCCUCCCUCAUGUUUUUUUUCUUUCACACAUUUUUUUGUCUUUGUCUCUUCACCCCCCUCCCCUCCUCCCCUGUGUCUCUGCCUCGCUUUACCAACUCUGCUCAGUUUUUUUUACACGCCAUUUCCUCAUACUUGUGUCUCUUUUUUUGCUCCUCUUCCUCUCUCUUUCUGUCUGUUUUUUUGCUCUAUCGCUCUCUCUGUCCUCCAGAUAAUGACUGAGCGAAAGAAUGCCAAAGCAAUGGCAGGAGGCUCUCUGCAGGACAGGAUGCAGGCAGGACUUGAUCUCCCCUUACAAGGUAGGCUUCAUACAGACAGUACCUUACUCAGUGUAUGUGUGUGGAGUGAUGGCUGCGAUGAUUAGUGGGAACUUGUUUGGAAAAGAUGCACUAAGGCAGUUAGAUUUUUUUAUUCAUCUAAUUUGAAUCUUAUUUAAAUAUUUCAGAAUAUCUCAUAUGAGUAAAUAUAGGCUUUAAAUGCUGCUGUGUGGUGACUGGUAGACAGAGAAACUGUUAAUAUUUGCUAUUAGCAUCCAAACCCAUUAUGUGUGCCGCCCAAAAGUAUGCUGAAUUUAUUUUACUCCCCAUUAAACUUUAAUUUAAAUACGCCUUAUUACGCGCUAUUUCCCAGAUUGCAGUCUAUUUGAUCUUACGCGUCGGCUCAUUGUUAUGCUCCAUUGUGCUUUACUGCUGCCAGCUGUCAAUCUUUGAAAACUGUGAGACUCUGAAUUGCGCACUCAGGUGCAUAGAGGGGUGGAAAAAAAGAGACCAAUUUCCCACUGGUAGUAGUCAAAAUCUCCACAGGAUGAUCUCAACUCUCGCAGUGAAAAGAAAAUACAGAGGUUGAUGGUCUGUUGUAUCAGUUUGAUGUGCUAGCGUUCAUCAUCUCACUUUCAUAUUGUCAAACAGUGCGGCUUGCUGCUGACAGCUCAGAUCACAUAGCUGCACUGUCUGCUUCUGCUCAGGGAAAAAAAAAACUGACUUCAACUUUUCAAACAUGGGUAAAAAAAUAAAAAAAAGGGCAGUGUGACAGAUGGGGAAAUCCAGUCAACUGCACUUGUCUAAAUUAAUGGGUUUUAUUAAAUGUCGGCACCUUUUAAUUAUUGGGUCCAAAAGAGUUUAAACUUGCACUUACAUUUCAGAAUCAGGACUAAAAAGUAGCUCUUACCUUUGCAGACUAGAGUGAUCUAAAGUGAAAGAUGUUUGUCGUCCAGAAAAGAACCCUUUAUUCUAGUAACGUAUAUCACUGAUUGUUGAUUAUUUGUUUGCUGCUUCUUAUACAUGAGCACAUGUUCAAUGUGUGUGUCUGUGUGAUUCCUCCUAGCAGAGUUCCCUACGCCAAAGACAGAACUGGUGCAGAAGUUCCAGGUGUUCUACCUCGGGAUGCUGCCUGUAGCCAGACCAAUAGGUCAGUCUGACACACAAACACACCGAAAACUCACCUAAACUGUACUCAGGGGCAGACUGAAUUAUUAUUAUUGUUAUUAUUAUUAUUAUUAUUGUUUUAUUAUUGUUUUAUUUAUUAUUAUUAUUUUUAUUAUUAUUGUUGUUGUUGUUGUUUACUAUUCUUUUAUUUAUUAUUAUUAUUAUUAUUAUUAUUAUUAUUAUUAUUAUUAUUAUUAUUAUUAUUGUUAUUAUUAUUGUUGUUGUUCUUGUUUUAUUAUUAUUUUAUUUUAUUUUAUUUUUUUAUUAUUAUUAUUAUUUUAUAAUAAUUUUUUUAACCAUUAUUAUUAUUAUUAUUAUUAUUAUUAUUAUUAUUAUUAUUAUUAUUAUUAUUAUCAUUAUUAUUAUUAUUAUUGUUGUUGUUGUUGUAGUUUUACUGUUAUUUAUUAUUAUUAUUAUUGUUAUUAUUAUUAUUGUUGUUGUUGUUGUUGUUGUUGUUGUUUUAUUAUUAUUUUAUUUAUUAUUAUUAUUAUUUAUUUGUUUUUAUUUUAUAAUUUUUAUUAUUAUUAUUAUUUUUUUCAACCAUCAUUAUUAUUAUUAUUGUUAUCAUUAUCAUUAUCAUUAUUAUUAUUAUUAUUAUUAUUAUUAUUAUUAUUAUUAUUAUUAUUAAAUGUUAUUUUUUAAACUUCUCCGCUGCAGGUAUGGACAUCCUGAAUGGAGCCAUAGACAGUUUAGUUGGUUCCUCGAACAGAGAGGACUGGACUCCUGUCGCCCUCAAUGUGGCAGAUGCCACUGUCACUAUCAGCAAAGAAAAGGUCAGACACAUCCACCAUUACUGAACAAAACCAUAACCUCUGUGGUUUUCUUCCUUCUUUACAGCCGUCUAUAUGAAACAGUUUAAUACGACUGCAAAGUCCACCAGGAAUAAAAAGUGUUUAUGUGGUCGAUAUUAUUGCUCUUAUUAAUCAGACUGACCCCAGAGGUGAAAGAAACGCAAUUUUCUUUUAUCUGAAAUGAAACGUUUCAUUAUGUUGUUGCACUUAAUGAGUACAGGACAUAAAUAACAACAUAGAUUAAAGUGCAUUGGUGUUUUCUUAAUCAUCUCUCUAGCUAUUCAGCAAUUAUGCAAAAGUGAAGCUCAGACUUUACGCACUUCAAAUCCACAGGUUGAGUCUUCACAGUGUUAAGUGACCAUAUAGAAUAAAAACAGAGAUCCUGUUUUUUAUUCUCCUUUUGAAUGAUGAAUGGUUUUCUGCUCUUACAUGGCUCUUAAAGCUCAGCUGCUGUUUUACUAGACAGCUCCUCCUGUGUGAAUAACUGUAUGAAUCAUUGCUUACGAGUGCAGAAAAUUGAUAGAUUAUUGUAAAUUCCUUCAGUGGUUUUGUGAGGUCUCCCAGCGGAACACAGGCAGUAAAAUCUGAAAGAAAUUCAUAUGAAUGCUAAUUUGCCCUUUGUACAAGCGCUUAUUUAAUUAAUCUCACAUACUUCAAAACUCUGACCAGGAUGAAGAGGAAGUGCUGGUGGAGUGUCGUGUUCGUUUCCUGUCUUUCAUGGGCGUCGGGCGUGAUGUGCAUACGUUCGCUUUCGUCAUGGACGCUGGUGGCCAUCGCUUCGACUGUCAUGUCUUCUGGUGUGAGCCCAACGCUGGAAGUGUGUCCGAAGCUGUACAGGCAGCUUGUAUGGUGAGUCACUGAGCGUAAACGGAAGGCUGACAACAGGACCCCACAACACUGAGCCAACUCUGACAGAGAGCUAGUUUGCUUAACAAGAAAUCUCCCAUGCUGGACAUGCUCUUUCAUUCUUUCUUUAACCAUGAAACAUAACCAUGAAUCACAUGUAAAGAGAGCUCACCUUGUUCUCCAGACUAAAUCAAUUCAAAGAGAAUCAAUACUCUGAUAUCAGUCAAGCACUACAACUGAAGAGGAUAUUGAGUCCAUGAGGCUAACGAUGAGCCAGUCUUUUAUGUGGGUUUUUGAUUUACGCUAAAGUGUGUGCUACAGCCUUCAUCAGCAGGGUAAGAAGUUUCCGUUUAGCCGUGCAGUUGAGGGAAGUAGGAUGAGGGAGGAAACUAAUGUGUCAGCUGUAGUAAUCACGCUCAUGUUCUCCAUCUACUUGCAAAAUCUGAAUUGCUGUUUCAUUUUGUCUCUGGAGGAAUAGUUCAGUAUUUUUGAACUAUGGUUAUAUGAGCUGCAUGUCACUUGUUAGUGUACAAGCCGCGACAGUUGCCAGUCUGCUCGGCCCCUUUUAAAGACUAACUGCUUGGGGGUGCUGGUAUGAAAGCUAAGCUGUAGUUUUCUGCAGAUUGGUUAAGUCUGUUAUGUUAUUUAGCUCUGGACAUUUUUUUCAGCAUUUUAUUCUUCCCGUUUGUUUUUUGCACUAUAUGUUGGCAGAACACACAUGUGCUCUUCUUCAUGCAUCAUGAACAACUAAUUUGGUCUAUGAUGUGAAUUAAUGAUAUAAUCACUUGAGUAACACUCUAUUGGACGCCUAUCUCUUUAACGCAUUCUAAAUACAUGUAUAAUGUGUUAUAACCAUAUCAUAGCACUGUAUAACUAUAGUUAUAAACACUCAUAAAUGGUAAACUGUUAACAACUCACUGACAAUGCCCACAUAGAUAAUGCAACUAUUGUUAACAGUUAUAACACAUUAUAAUACCUGACCUUGUAAGUCAUGGUAGAAUGCUUUAUAUUGUGUUAUGAUUAUUGCUAUAAAUAUAUUUAUAAUGCAUUAGAGAUAGGUGUCAGAUAAAGUGUUACCAAAUUUGGUUAUUUUUGCAUAAGUUUAAGCUCCAGAAGCCUAAGAAUACCUCAUUAGACACGGUAAUAGCUGCAGAGUUUGUGAUUUCAGCUUCAGUGAGGGACCACAACUCUAACUUUAAAGAUGCUCUUUCAUUCAACCUUCUGGUUUCCUGUUAACCAUGACUAAAGCUAGACUUUUGAAAUACAUGUCAACAUGUAAGUCUGUCUGAAAUGGCUCUAAGUUGGAUUCCUGGACGUCUAACUUGUACCAGGUGAACACAGUUUGGGGAAAAAUGCAUCUUUUGUUUGCUUGUGUAUACUGUGAUCAGAACCAAACUGGCCUUUUAGGUCUGCAAACGCUCAACAGUUUGCAUGCAUGGCUUAGACCUACACCAGCAUAAGUCAGUAAAAUAACUUAUGUAUGUACAAAAGUCACAGAGCUGUGAAGCUGUCCAGGUUUUUGACCUCUUGUUCUCUCGCUAACUCGUUUGGCGCUUCAUAUGCAACGUGAUAGGUCAAGCAAAUAAAAAUCUCCUGUAGAAACUGGCAGAAAGGGAGCACACGCCCAACCACUCCAGCUGACUUUAGUCAGUGAAUCGAUUCCUGCCUGGUGCUUCAGUACUGGGACAAGGACAGUGGUCCAAUUAAAUUGCCUAAUUAAGCUCUAACCGUUGCUCAUCUUAACUGUGCAUGUAAACGGACUGACUAAAUGUCCUUGAUGGUACUUCAGUUUGAGUCGGGUUUUUAGCCCUGAUAUAUUGGCGUUUUACUGUCCAACCCUGAUCUCUAUUCAGGUUGUUAUAGGUUCCUCUGUCAAACUGUUGUCGCUGUAAAACAUCCAUUAAAACCUGGAUAAACCAGCUUAAGUGAAAAUACAGAGUGUGUUCUGUGUUAAUCCUCUCUGACAUAGACUGUCCUUGAAAGAUGUCGAUUUUCCGUUUAGCUGUUUUUCCAUCCUGUUAUACAUUUCUUAAGAGGACACAUGUAGAGUGAAUCACUAAUCCAUGUAACAAACACGUAGAAUCAUAAUUGCGUUUUAAUUUGAUCAUUAUAAUCUCCAUAAUCACACACUCAGGAUGCCCUCUGCAAUUCCUCACACUCCUUUGCCCUCACUGCUCUGUGUGAGUCAUAAGAUUAAUCGACUGCAAGCUGGGCUAUUGAUCACACAUCACAACUUUGAAUAUAUGAGAAGCACACACACACACACAUACAGAGGUACACAGAGGUGCACAGAGGCACACAUACACUAAAACUGAUUCAUGGUGACAAGAAACAUCAGUCAUUACUAUUGAUCACAGGGAAUAGCCUGCACCACUCUCUCUCUCUCUCUCUCUCUCUCUCUCUCUCUCUCUCUCUCUCUCUAGUACACACAGGCAGACACCUCCUCAGUCGUACACUCAGCAGGUGUAACUCUCUUUUAUUUACUAUAUGUCUGUUUCUCUCCUUCUUUCUCCCUCUCUUUCCUCCUCUUUCUUUUUCCCUCUCUCCCAGUUGCGGUACCAGAAGUGUUUGGUAGCUCGACCCCCCUCCCAGAAGGCCUGUGGCUCGUCUCCCCCCGGUGACUCCGUGUCCCGCCGGGUCUCCACCAGCGUGAAAAGAGGCGUCUUGUCGCUCAUCGACACCCUCAAACAGAAGAGACCUGUCACUGAGUUGCCGCAGUAA